CUCAUCGAUCCUCGCUCACCAGCGGCGUUGCGCUUGCCAUCCGCGACCUCUCGCCACCGAAGCGACUCGGCGUCUGGCAUCUCCGCGCUGGCAAGCAUUCGGCAAGAAGUCUGGCGCCAUUGGCGCGAGAUGGCCGCUCCGUCGUCGUCGACAUUGACGCCGUCUCCUCGCGGCUUCACUGUCAGCCAUCAAAAGGUCGCCCUCGAGCUCGGUCUCGAUGAUGGCGCUAUCCUUGGCGGCUACACAGACAUCACGAUCAUUCCAACCGAUCGUAACCUGCGCACAGUCUAUCUCAAUUCGAGGCAAUGCAGAAUCUCUGCCGUGACUUGUAGUGGUCACAAGGCUGACUUUGCUCUCCGAGAUGACCUUACUGGCGUCGGCAUCGCCGAUUCGCGCGACGUGCAUCUCUUUCCCUCGCUCAAGCGCAAGCUCUAUGCCUUUGCAAGCGACGGACAGGGUGGAGAGCUGAGCAUCGCCUUGCCUGCUGAAGUUCAGUCAUCCCUCACUGGGACCAUUGAUGCUCCUACACCCGGUGGCGGUUCAACCCUCGACCUGGCGCCCAUCAAUCUUCGGAUCCACUACACCUUGCACGACCCCAUCGACGGCAUACAUCGCGUCACGCCCAGCGCCGAAGCGCCAUGGAGGCAGGCUCAUCUCUACACUAGCCCGACAUGCUUCGAUUUUUCGCGCUGCUGGGUCCCUUGCGUGGAUAGCCUCUGGGAGAGGAAUACGUGGGAGUUCGAGUUCGUCGUUCCGGCAAAGAAGGACGGCCAGGAGGUCGUGGUCGCCUGCGCGGGAGAUCUCGUCGAAAGAGUGACCCAUCCGCAUCAUUCUGGCAAGGUCAUUUAUAGCUUCGUACAAGCGGCGCCCACGUCGGUACACCACAUCGCUUUUGCGGCUGGAUGCUUCGAGGUUAUCGACCUGGGGGCGGCAACGAAGCCGGUGACCACCGGCAGCAGUGGCGGAAGGAAGGCGGUUGCAGCAGCUACGGCGGUCGACGAUGCGAGCGAGGUUCAGCUCCUUGCCUUCUGCUUGCCGGGGCGAGAGGCAGACGUACCCUCUUCAUGUCGAGUGGUCAGACAGGCGCUAGACUUCUACAGUCGGGAGUUUGGUUCAUACCCAUUCGGCUCGUACAAGCUCAUCUUCGUCGAAGACACAGUGACCGAUGUGCACAAUGCCGCGUCAAUGGGCGUCUUUUCGUCAGACCUGCUUCACCCAGCCUCUGUCAUCGACCAAGCCCUCGAGACUCGCCAACACCUCUCCCAUGCCUUGGCUACCCAGUGGGUCGGCAUCAACAUCAUUCAGCGGACGUGGUCGGAUACUUGGCUCAUCAAUGGCCUCAAUCUCUACAUCGCCGGCCUGUUCUGGCGGCGUCUCAUGGGCAAUAAUGAGUACCGCUUCCGCUUGCGCAAAGAUUGCGAUCGAGUCUGCGCCUGGGACAUCGGCAUGCCUCCUCUUUGUCAAACUGGCGCAAUCGAGCCACCAGAUGCCUCGCUCCUUCCCUUCAUCAACCUCAAGGCGCCUUUGGUCCUUCAUAUCCUCGACCGCCGGCUGUGCAAGGCAGGAGCCUCCCUCGGCCUAGGUCGCGUCAUACCCAAGGUCUUCCUGCAGGCCAUUACGGGUGAGCUGCCCAACAACUCUCUCAGCACGUCGAGCUUCCUCCGUACUUGUCGCAAAGUCAGCGGUGUCGAUCUCCGCAUCUUUGUCGACCAGUGGAUCUACGGCAGCGGAUGCCCACGCUUCUUCAUCAACUCGCACUUCAAUCGCAAGAAGUUGACGAUCGAGAUCCAUGUGCGGCAAGAGAGCCCCUCAUGGCAAUUUGCCCAAUACCGGCCAGAGCUCGCUGCGGGGUCGAAUCCGGUCAAGCUCUUCGAUGGGCAGAUGACGAUUCGUAUCCACGAAGCAGACGGCAGGCCAUACGAGCACGUUCUCGAUAUACGCCAGCCGCAGAAGCGAUUCGACGUCCCGUUCAAUACCAAGUACAAGCGAGUGAGGAGGAAUACCAAGCGAUUUCAGGCCCGUCAAGCGGCGGCCGUAGCAGCAGCAGAGGGAGACCGCGAUGCAGCCGAGGCUAUUGGCAUGAUUGACCUCGGCUUCAGUCUUGCCCUCUGGGAGAAUGAGGAGCAGCGCGAGACAUGGAAGGUAGCCGACUGGACCGAAGACGACGAGGACAUAAUGUCUCAAGCCGCCUACGAGUGGAUCCGCAUGGACUCGGAAUUUGAAUGGAUCGCCUCGCUACACGUCGACCAGCCGGACUUUAUGUGGGUCUCGCAGCUUCAACGAGAUCGCGACGUGGUUGCGCAGCUUCAGGCGGUGCAGGCGCUGGCGCAGAUGCCCAACGCUAUCUCGUCGUCGAUGCUUACCAGAACGGUGCUCGUCCACAAGUACUUCUAUCGGAUCCGCACCGAAGCCUGCCAUGCGCUCGUCAACUGCGCCAUCCCUCAGCUGGGCUACCUCGGGCUCUUCCACCUGCUCAUGCUCUUCCGCACCAGCUUCUGCAUCGACGUGCCCGCCGACAAGACGGACGCUGGGAGUGGAGCGCUGGAUAUGGUCUGCAUCCCUCGGGCGAAUGACUUCUCUGAUCCUGCAGAGUACUUUGUCAAGCGCGCAAUGGUCCAUGCCAUCAGCCGAGUGCGCAACGAGCGAGGGAGGACGUUGCCUCAAGUCAAACGGCUCCUCGUCAACCUGCUGCGCUACAACGACAAUUCCACGAACCGCUUCGCCGACGAUCACUACGUCGCCGGGCUCAUCUCAACGCUAGCAUCAGCCUUUGUACCCGUCGAGUCACCCGCCUUCGGAGGCUUUGUUCCUGCAAACGAAGACCCAGAUGCAAGAGAUGACACCGUCCUAUUCGAGUCGUCUUGCGCAGAAGUUGCCCGACUGCAAGAGCUCGACAAGCUCGUGCCAUCAUUUCACAACGUCGUCUCCCUGGCGUGCCUCGAUUGGCAUGCAGCCAUGGUUCUCUCUCAGCAGCUGCCACUGGAUCUCGCCCUCUUCCUCUCAUAUACGCAGCAGGGCUCCUUCACCCCACUCCGCAUCGCUGCUCUCAAUCACUUGCUCAUACUCAGCGGCCUCAAGCAUCGCGUCGUGGUGCGCUACCUCUUCUCUGUGCUACAGACGGACGAGAGUCGUCUUGUCAAGCGAUCGCUGGCGAAGGCCAUCUGCGAGGGGCUGGCCAUUGCUGUUGCCCUCGGCGAUGUCUCGGGCUCGUCCAGCAGUAGCAGCAGGACGGGCGAUACGCUUCUCGAAGAGUCGUACGGCAGCGAUGCGCAGGCUGCAGAUCGAGCCAGGGAGAAGGAGAUGGAGGGUGCGUUGCGCAGCCUGAGAAGGGAGGUGGGAAGAUCAGCCGCGGUGCGAGAGGGCUUUCUUGGCGCGCUGCUCGCCGCAGACGUAGAUUCGGAGGAGCGCUGGGCGUUGAUCAAGCUCGCCGAGCUGCUCUUCAAGCCAGCUGAGGAGCAGGAGCUGCCACUAGAGCAAGAGCUCAAGGUACGAGCCAGAGUGGCGCCAGCGGUCACCAACAACGACACCAACAACGAGGACGGUGCUCCCUCAGCUGUGUCGAAGAUCAAGCUCGUCAGCCGUACGGAACCGGCAUCACCUGCCGCCGCCACGCCAGCUCGCGUCGCUUUCGAAGAGGCCGACCUACCGGCGGAGCCCGCACGCAAGCCCGCUCCAACGCUCAAGGUCAAGAAGCCCAAGCCUGUCGCUCAAGCCCAAGCAGCGGGCAUGACCCACGCCGACCUCACCGCCUGCCGAAAUGCUCUCAAGAAGCUUCAGACGAACAAGAAUGCACCGCUUUUCGUCAAUCCCGUCGAUCCAGUGCGAGAUGGUGCACCAGACUAUCACAAGGUGAUCCGCGACCCAAUGGACCUUAGCACGAUGGGAAACAAGCUCGAGGCUGGUCUCUACGCGGACCGCUUCGCCUUCGAGAAGGACUUUGAGCUCCUCGUCCGCAAUGCAAAGACGUACACGCCCGACCCUCGGGCGUUUGUAUGGAAGGCGGCAGACGCGCUCGAGAAGAGCUUCCAGGCGCUUUGGGCGAGGACGAACAAGACACUGGAGCAAGCGGCGGCUAAGGCGAGAGGAGAGGCACAAGAGACUACGCCCAUUGAGGUUUCGGCCAGCGCGACGCCCAGUGCAGGCGACACGAUGGCACCUCCUCCUGUGCCGGCGAGGAGCACUGCAAUUGCGUCGCCGAUUGCGCCGGUCGCUGUGGCAUCGCCUGCUCCGGCGCCGGCACCGUCCUCCAGUGCUGCUGCCACCUCGACGCCCAAGCCGCUCGGCCUCAAGCUGAAGCUCAAGUCAAAGAGCAGCGCGGCCGAUAGUCCAUCAGCUGCUUCUAGCUCUCCUGCUCCGGCGGAGAAGAAGGCACCGCCAGCACCAAGGCCAGUUGCCCAGCUCAAUGGCAGCGACAACGCCAAUGUAUCAUCACCAGCCGCGGCAACUUCUUCUCCCGCAUCCACCUCCUCAUCCUACACGCCCAUCGACCCAGGGCCAGACCCGAUCCCACUCUCGCUCAACGAGCCGCUCCGUCCUCACCUCAAACAGUGCCGCACGCUUCUGGCCAACCUGCGCAAGAUCCCUGAAUCCAUCCUCUUCGUCUCCCCAGUCGACGCAGCUAUCGCUCCAGGGUACUACGACGUUGUCCACCAUCCGAUGGACCUGAGUACGAUUGAGACGAUGCUGAACGAUGGGCAAUACAAGACCAUGGACGCAUUCGCAAGGGAUGUCGAGCAGGUCUGGAGCAAUGCCUACAUCUAUGCGGAUCUGACCGCCGUCAGCUACGCUGAGGUGCUGAGGGCCGCUUUCAGGAAGAGGGAGUGGCCGCGCGCGCUGAUUAGGAGGCUGGAUUACGCGGAGAAGAGGGCGCUUCAAGGAUUGAUGGGAAAGAUGAAGACGAGAGCAGAAGCCGGACUCUUCUGGCAGUCCGUGGCGGAUAUCGUGGCCGUCCUCCCGCAUUACUUUGAUGUGGUGCCGAGGGAGAAGGCGAGAGACUUAGGCAUGAUAAGUGAGAAGAUCAAGGCGAGCCCCACGCUUUCUGCGGCUUCGUCUGGAGAUGCAGCUCCUGCUGACGGGGCGAACGCAUCCGCUUACUACACGGGCGUGGCCGAUGUGGCAGCGGACGUUGCCCUAAUGCUGAGCAAUGCGCGGGGCUUCAAUGUGGGCAACGAGGCCGUGCUGGGCAUGGUGGAUGAGUUCGAAAAGACGUGGAAUCGCGAAUGGAAGAGUACCAUGGCGCAGCUUGAGGCUGGACCAAGCGCGAGUGGUACGGGAGGUGCUGGGGGUAACAAGAAGAGGAAGGAGGAGAGGGCGGAUAGCGCCGGUGCUGCGGGAAAGAAAGCCAAGAGCUAGCCGUGAAUGCAGGUCAGCAAGGGAGCUCGAGAUAUGCUCAGCCACUGCAUAAUCAAUAUGAGGACUACAAUCGGGCACUUUGCUCAUCC